AUGUACAACCCCUGCGAGGAGAGGGGCUUCAACAUGCAUGUCAGUGUGAGCCCCCACUCUCUUGUACUACUGGAUCUUUUCAGUUUUGUCUACUUCUCAAUGGAACUGGUCAUCAAGGUGGCAGCCCUGGGACUCUCUGGCUACAACGGAAGUUACCUUAGCAACAACUGGAACAAGUUUGAUGUCUUCAUCUACUUUGGAGAGGUGCUGGAUUAUCUUCUGGUUUCCCAAGGUAUCAAGAUACAGGUCCGUCAUGCGCUCAGGCUGAUGCGACUCGUAGGCAGAGUCCCAAGUAUGCAAGAUAUGGUGAUGAUACUCUUGGACACCGUGCCGAUGCUUGUGAACGUUCUCGUCCUGUACAUCUUUGUCAUGUUCAUCUUUGCCAUUGUGGGAGUUCAGCUGUGGGCGGGGAAACUGCGCAACCGCUGCUUCCUUGGAGUCGACAUCCCAGAAAACUCCAGCGGGUCGUUAAAUCCAUACUAUGUGUCCAAGUAUGAUGAGGAGAGCCCGUUCAUUUGUUCGUAUGACCACAGCAACGGGAUGCGCCGCUGCCAUGACGUGCCGCCUUACAUCCGGGAUGAGGAAACCUGUUCGUUGGCUGUUCCCAACCACAGUUCAGCUGCAAACAAGUUCUUAGUCCCUGGGGCCGCGGCUAACGCCUGUGUGAACUGGAACUUAUACUAUAACAUCUGUCGCGCCGGGGACCACAACCCCAACAUGGGAGUCACCAGUUUCGAUAACAUCGGCCACGCCUUGAUCGUCUUAUUCCAGGUUGUCACACUGGAAGGUUGGACAGACAUCUUGUUUUUUGUCAUGGAUGCUCAUUCCUUCUGGAGCUUCAUCUUCUUCAUGCUCGUCACCAUUAUGAGCUCCUUCAUCAUUAUGAACGUGUGCGCGAUCGUCAUCGCCACGCAGUUCUCUGAGAGCAUGACGCGGCAGAAGAGAGAGCAGCGAGCCAACCCUGUCGUGCAGCUGUGUCUCCAGUUCCUCCGCUGGCUGUGGACCAUCGCCUGCAGCUGCAUCAGACGUCGUAACAGGGUGCAGCCCGUAUGCAGCAGGAGUGAGACCGGUGGCAUACUGAAACAUACCUGGGAGCCAUUGAGGAGAAAACUUCUGAGGUUGAUCAACAGCAAACUCUUUGACCGGGUGAUCAUGUUAGCCGUCUUCUUCAGUAUUCUCGCCAUGGCCAUAGAACACCAUGGGCAGCCUAAGCAGGUGGCAGAGAUGCUGCGGAUCAGUAACAACAUCUUCACUCUCGUGUUUGUUGUGGAGCUGAUCGUAAAGCUGCUUGCCCUCAAGUGGGCCUACUUCAAGGACCAAAACAACAUUUUUGAUUUUGCCAUCGUUGUCAUCAGCUUGUGGGAGACAUUUGCCAAAGCUGAUGGCAGGUUGUCCGUCCUGCGUGCGUUUCGUAUGCUGCGGUUUGUGCGGCUGCUUCACUUCCUGCCUUACCUGAAGAGACAGCUGCUCGUGCUGAAGGCGACCAUGAAGGAGGCAGCCCUGCUCUGCCAGCUGCUGCUGUUUGUCACCAUCAUUUUCAGUGUGAUAGGCAUGUGCCUGUUUGGUGGCAAAUUUACCUUCGAGACCCAGAGCGGAAGCACCAUCAAGGACCGGAUGAAUUUUGACUCCCUACUGUGGUCCAUGGUCACUGUGUUUCAGAUCCUGACUGAGGAGGACUGGAAUCUGGUGCUGUACAAUGCCGUGGCUGCCACCUCCCAGUGGACCUUCUUCUACUUUUUCGCCAUCAUCGUGGUCGGAAAACACGUUCUCCUCAACGUUCUCAUGGGCGUAGUUGUCCAGAGCUUCCAGGCCAUACACUCCUCAGAUUCAGAUGACGAAGACUCCAUCAGCUCCACUUCAUCCAGCCAGACUUCUGAGAGCGAGUCUUCACUGAGUGAAAACCACGAGACAAAUGGUUCCUCUAGACCCGAUGAAGACUGCCCUCUCCCUCCAUGUGGAUCCGGCAGCCCCACUGUGAUCAGCUCUGCACCUACAGAUACCAAUGACCAUGACAUGUCUUUGAGCUGGAUCCGGAGAGUGCUGCGCUGGUGCAGACAGCAUGAGGACUGGUCCUUCUUCCUGUUUUCUCCACAGAACAGGUUCCGUAUCUUCUGCCAACGCGUGAUCUCUCACCCGAUAUUCGACUAUGUGAUCCUGCUCUUCAUUUUACUGAGCUGCGUCACUCUUGCUAUAGAGAGGCCUGGAAUCAACCCGACGAGCAGGGAGCGACAGAUCCUGAAAUUGUCCAAUUACGUUUUCUCUGCCGUCUUCCUGGUCGAGAUGCUUUUCAAGAUUGUAGCUCUGGGUUUGGUGUAUGGGAAGGACAGCUACUGCCGGUCCUCCUGGAACGAUGUGGACGGUUUAUUGGUGAUUCUGUCUUUUGUCGACAUCAUCGUCUCUCUGGCCAGCAGGAGCAAAAACAAAAGUCUGGGCUUCCUCAAAGUUUUACGUCUGCUGCGAACGCUCCGCCCCCUGAGGGUGAUCAAGCGAGCCCCGAAACUGAAGCUGGCUGUGGAGGCUCUGAUGGCCUCGGUCAAACCCAUCGGAAACAUCGUUCUCAUUUGCUGCGCCUUCUUCUUUUUCUACGGCAUCCUUGGGGUGCAGCUGUUCAAAGGGAAGUUCUUCCACUGUCUGGGCGAGGACAUCACAAACAUCACCAGCAAGACUGACUGUCUGUCGGCCGACUACCGAUGGGUGCGAAAGACGUACAACUUUGACAACCUGCCUCAGGCUCUGAUGGCCUUGUUUGUAAUGUACUCAAAGGACGGCUGGGUCAACAUCAUGUAUGAUGGGCUGGAUGCUGUGGGAGUAGACCGACAGCCUGUGAGGAACAACAACAAGUGGAUGCUGUUGUUCUUCAUCACCUUCAUGAUAAUGAGCUUCCUUCUCCUCGACAUGUUCAUCGGCGUGAUGGUGGAGACCUUCCACCAGUGUCAGCAGGAGCAAAAAAGACGGGAUCAAGAGGAGGAGGGAGGAAGGGCACGGCCAGAACAAGUCAGGGGUAAGGAGAAAGAGUUAGUUGAGCAGGCGCCAUAUUACACCAGCUACUCCCCCAUCCGUCAGUUCAUCCACAGUGUGUGUGUCAGCAACGGCCUGGAUCUCAUCAUGAACCUCACAAUCGUCCUCAGUGUCAUCUUCAUGGCUUUGGAACAUUAUGGUCAAUCUCUGUACAUAGAGAAUCUGAUAGAGAGGUCCUACUACGUGUUAACUGCCUUCCUGAUCAUUGAAGUCCUGUUGAAGCUUGUGGCCUUUGGCGUGUGGAGAUUCAUAACUAACAGGUGGAAUCUGUUGGACAUCAUUGUGGUCUUCGUCUCUAUCAUCAGCAUCAUUCUCAGGAUGAAAAUGAUGAACACAGUUCCUAUCAAUCCCAGCAUCCUUAGAGUCACUAGAGCACUAAGACUUGCACAAGUUCUGAAGUUGCUAAAGGCCAAGAAGAUCCGAGUCCUCCUGACAACCAUCAUCAAAACGCUGUCACAGGUUGGAAAUAUCUGCCUGCUCUUUAUGUUCUUCUUUUUCAUCUACGCCGUUUUGGGAGUGGAGCUCUUUGGCAGCCUAGAAUGCAGCGACGAUCACCCGUGCCUGGGUUUACAUCGGUACUUCAACUUCAAGCACUUUGGACUGGCCCUGCUCACACUCUACCAGGUGUGCACCGGAGACAACUGGAGCGGGAUUUUGAAAGACACCUUGAGAGAGUGUUCGCCCGGCAGCGUUUCCUGCUUGGCUACCUGUCCUGGGUCUCUCCGCUCUUCUUACCACCUUCGGGUCAUGGUCCAGUUUGUGCUGGUGAACCUGGUGGUGGCGGCUAUCAUGCAGGCUCUGGAGGACAGCACCAUGGAGGAGGAACGAGGAGAAGGCCAUGCUGCACGCAGAGCGGGCCCACUGUCUCCAGAGGAGGGCGUCGGCUCCGAGGGCCACGUAGAUAGAUCUGACACGGAGCCGGCCCCUCCGUCUCCGGCACAGUCCCAGAUCAGAUCCAGCUCU